GCGUUAAAAUCCCUAACUUGCGAAUCCCGUUCUGCCCUCUGCUCUCCGUCUCGCUCUCGUUCUCUCCAAGUUUCAGCAAGAAAAGUAUAAAAAGCGAGCAAUGGCAAGUGCUGCUGCUGCUACCGAUGCAGAGCACAACACCAAAGAAAGAGAAGAGGACGCCAACGUACUAGCCGCCGAUGAUGAGGACACCGGAGCUCAGGUUGCCCCUAUCGUCAAGCUCGAAGAGGUACCUGUCUCCACCGGCGAGGAGGAUGAAGAUCCUAUCCUUGAUUUGAAAGCGAAGCUGUAUAGAUUUGAUAAGGAAGGGAACCAGUGGAAGGAGAGAGGAGUUGGAAAUGUGAAGCUGCUGAAGCACAAGGAAUCUGGCAAGGUUCGCCUUGUUAUGCGCCAAUCUAAGACACUUAAGAUCUGUGCUAAUCAUAUAGUUGGGCCAUCGAUCAAUGUCCAAGAGCAUCAUGGAAAUGAUAAAUCAUGCGUGUGGCAUGCUGCUGAUUUUGCUGAUGGAGAAUUGAAGGAUGAGCUCUUCUGUAUCAGAUUUGCUUCUGUUGAGAAUUGCAAAGCCUUCAUGGAGACGGUUCAAGAUGUGGCUGAAACUCAAGUAAAAAAUGAAGAAAGAAAAGAGGCUGAAGAUGCUGCUGGAUUACUUGAGAAGUUGAGUGUUGUUGAUAGUAAAACUGAUGGGAAAGAAAAGGAACAGGCGCUUGUUGAGGAGAAGGGGCAAAAUGAAGCUGCAGGUGAGAAAGCAAAGUCGGAUGCAAAAAAGGAAGAUGAACCAGCAUCGUCCUGAGCAUAUGGACAUCAAAGGAUAUUAGUACGUUAUGAUACAAUUUGUUAUCAGCUAGGCUUUGGUUUCCUUGGUCCAUUCUGGUGAAUCUUACUAUGAGCGUAGUCUUUUGGUUUUGAGUGAUUGGUGGAUGCUAUUUGUCCCACAGGUCUGGGAUUGUGGUAUACGUGCGGGGUGUAUCAAUUGUUUUCGAACCGGUGGAUGGAUUUUUUGGUUUCUAUUUUGGUCAGUUGGGAAUUUGUAAUUGAUGGAGCAUCAGUCUUGGAUCCUAGUUAUGGGUAAUCAGAACAGUAUGGGAGAGUGCUUGCGAGGUUGGCAUUUGGAACUUUUUAUGUUUCUUUUCCUUUGAAUUAGAUUUUUCGCCCCUUAAACGGCCACGGCAAGCCCUUUCCGCCCCCAUAAUCCUUGAGCAGUCAGCGCUCAACCUGCCCGUGGUUGGUUUGGAGAACGGAUUAUGUAUAUUUAUAUUUUUUAUAUUUUUCCGCAUUUUGCAGUGAACAAACGUCUUGUUCUAUUUUCACGGGACUCGAGGAAAAUUUACUCCCUUCUUGGGCUAUAUUAAAAUUAUGUGUGCCUUUUUGUUUUAAAAA